CGGAAGCUGCACGUGGUUUUCAGGGCGCCACGUGGGCGGAGGCUGGAUUCGGAAGGCUCCCCCCCCCCCUCCGUGCCAGCCCUGCCCUCGCUUGGCCGCCCUUCCCGGGGGAAGCGACAUGGAGGAGGAGGAGGAGGAGGCGGCUCCGCGAAGGCGGCAGCUGCCGGAUUCCAACGCCCGGUACCGGGACAGGAGAUUCUGGGACUCGCGGUACCAGGACGAAGGGGCGGCUCCGGCCGAAUGGUUCGGGGGCUUGGAGCGAUUCCGAGAGCAGCUGGAGGCGGAGCUGAGCCCCGGUGAUCGGAUCCUGGUUCUGGGUGAGUUGCCUGCCUGCCUGGAAGCGUGGUAUGGUCUGUCACAUUAUUAUUGAUCUCAUAUUCUUUGUUGCGUUUUAUAUCCCACCCUUUUCACCAAAGAGCUCAAGGUGGUGUCCGUGGUUCUCCCCAUCCUCAUUUAAUCCCUGCCACAACCCUGUGAGGUAGGUUCGUAGAGUUGGAAGGGCCCUCCUAGGGUCAUCUAGUCCAACCCCCUGCAAUGCAGGAAUCUCAAUUAAAGUAAAGUUACCAGAUUUUUUUCAACGAAUCCGGGGACACUGUUCAGCUUCAAUGGAUUUUGUAUUAUAAUAAUAAUAAUAAUAAAAUAAUAAUAAUAAUAAUAUAAAAUUAAUAAAAUGAUAAUAAAAUGAUAAAAUUAUAUCCCACCCUCCCCAGCUGAAGCCAGGCUCAGAGCAGCUAACAACAAUAAAAGUAACACAGCAUUCUAAAAUCAAUUCAUUCUAAAAUCAAUUCAAAAUCAAAUUAAUGGCAGCCAUCGGGCUAGAGUUCUGUGAGGACUGAUUUGUAAAUCUGGGGACUGUCCCCGGGAAACGGGGAUGUCUGGUAACCUUAAACUAAAGGAUCCAUUACAGGUGGCCAUCCGGCGUCUGCUUAAAAACCUUCUGGUAAGGAGAGUCCAUCGCUUCCUGAGGGAGACAGUUCCACUGUUGAACGGCUCUUACUAUCAGAAAGUUCUUCCUAAUGUUUAGUCAGAAUCUCCUUUCUUGUAUCUUGUAUCUUGGUUUGUGUCCUACCCUCCGUAGCAGGAGAAAACAAACUUGCUCCAUAUUCCAUGUGACAGCACUUGAGAUAAUUGAAGAUGGCUAUCAUCUCUCUGUCUCUUCUUUUCCAGGCUAAGCAUACCCAACUCUUUCAACCGUUCCUCAUCAGGCUUGGUUUCCAGUCCCUUGAUCAUCUUGGUCACCCUCCUCUGCACACCUUCCAGCUUGUCAAUAUCCUUGAUAGGUUAGGCGGAGAGGCAGGCAGUGACCGAUCCGAGGUUCCUUGUGAGCUUCAUUGCCGAGCAGGAAUUUCAACACUGGUUUCUCCCAGGUGCUAGUCCAACACUCUAAUCCAGGGGUCGGCAACCUAAGGCCCAUGGGCCACAAGCGGCCCACAGGGGUUGUUUAACCAGCCUACGAGCCACCCACUUGGCAAGUCCCCGUGCACUGUACUAAACCGGUGCAACGCGAUGCAGGGACUCGCUUUCGUGGUGCCGGAAAUUGCGGGCGCAUGCGCUCCGGCCCACGGAGGGAUCUCUGCUGGAGUGAACCGGCCCAGGCAAGGUAAACCUUGUCAACCCCUGCUCUAACCACUACAUCACACUGACUCUUAUUGUUAUUAUUAAAUUUGUUACAUGCUUUACCUUCCUCAGAGCAGUCCAAAGCAACCAACCAGACAAUUGCUAUUGGCAUCAGUCAGUUUCAGGAGACAAUGGAUGUGUGCACCUUUGGGGGUGAGGUCAAACUCUUGGAAGGUUGCAUAGCCUGCUUGUGGCUGUGGAAACUGAUGCAGAAGAGACAUGUUUUGUUGCAGCUGGGGCAGAUGAAGGCGUCUGGUUGUGCUGCUACAGAUCCUCUGUGGCAUUUCUUCUCUCUGCGCUCCUCCCAGCUGUCAUUCCAUGUCUCCAGGCACUACGGUCAUUCUCACACUGCGGGCUGGAUGUUGCCAGUCUUCACGUCACGUUUGCAGACAUCUUUGUAGCACAGUGUGACACAUAGCAUUCAGACUUGGAGUAAGACCCUGGGGCCCUUUGCCAACAUGGCACCCUUCAGGUGUUUUGAACUUCCAGCAACCUCAGCCAGCUAGCUUGGGCUGCUGGGAGUGAGUUUCUUCGUUUACUUGUUUGUUUCAUAAAACUUCAUGGGCUGCUUGGCUGUAAAAACAAAACAAAACCUCAAAGGGGUUUAUGAAACGAGAAAGCAAUAAAAUCAAGAAAAAAAUUGCAACCCCACUUUAAAAGGUUACAAUGCUAAAGCAGAUUAGAAUUACCUCAACUUUCAAAGCAUCUGGGUAGGCUUGUCUAAAGAGGGAUGUUUUCAGAAGGCACUGAAAAGAGUAGAAGUCAAGGCAAGGAGUUAUAAUCUGAAACCUCUGAAGGGUGCCAGGUUCGUCAAGGCUGUAUGUGUGCACAAAAUAGCGAAACACACCUCUCACUAGAUUCCAGAAGAGUGCUCUUGUGCUCAGGGCCUGAUUGUGGGUUUCCGGCAGGCAUCUACCACAAAAAGUGGUGGCCUCUCCUUCAUUGGGGGUUUUCAAGCACAGCUUAGAUGAUCAUCUGUCAGGGAUUAUUUAGCUGUGUCUCCUGCAUUGCAGGGGGUUGCGCCAGAGGGCCCUUGUGGGUCCCUUCCGAACAUGCAGUUCUACGAUUCUGUGAUCUGGUUGGCCACUGUGAGAACAGGAUGCUGGGCAAGAUGGGCCAUGGGCCUGACCCAAAAGGUUCCUAAUGUUAUUAUUAACUUUGCUUCUCCUGCAUUUUGGGCUGGUGAUCCUUCCCAUGGAGAUGCCAAGGACUGAACCUGCGAUUGAAGCCAUUGCUCUGCCAACCAACUUCUGCCCUUUCCUAUAAAUAAAAAUAUUACCCUGCUAUGGAUUUGGACAGCCUUUCUCAAGGACCCACUUUCUUCACUACCUUUUACUUUUUGCAGGAGGAUUCAGAAUUCUUUUGAGUUAUAAAAAUGUUCUUAGGCUGUUGCUCCUAUGAGCCACUAGGGGGAAGCAGCAGCACACAGUUGAUCCAUCAGUCUGUUACAGGCAGUGGUCUCUGGCCAGUCGUUAUGAAGUUUGUUGCUCAGCUCUUCCCUGAAGUCUGUGCCUGUUUGUUUGACACUGGUCACUGGUGUGUGUGUGUGUGUGUGUGUGUGUGUGUGUAAACAGUUGCUUCAGUUGAGGCAAAGGGGCAAAAUGUUCAUGCAAUCCUAUGUGUGUCACCUGAGUUGAGUUGCACCACCCUUUUUGCCAGGUUAAUUUAUACCACGUUGCCAGUUGGUGUGUGACUGAUUUGAACUGGCUUAGGAUCCGUGCGCUGCAGAAGCAGCCUAGUCAUGCUGGCCACAUGACCCAGAAGCUGUACGCUGGCUCCCUCAGCCAGUAAAGCGAGAUGAGCGCCGCAACCCCAGAGUUGUCCACAACUGGACCUAAUGGUCAGGGGUCCCCUUUACCUAGGAUCCAGCCUAAGUCUCCCCCACCUGCAACACCUCUUUUUCAGGGCUUAAGAUCUGCCAAUCUCUACUCAGCCAGCUGGGUGGGAUAUGCUAGCCUAUCUCCAGCUGAGCCAGGAUAAGGGAGUUACGCUCAGCCACAAAAACUGCCAGAUCAAAACUCAUCUCAUCCCAAUAGAUCUAGACUUAGGACUGCCCCCUAAGUAUGCAGCUGGUGGAGUUCACACUGGAUAGCAGCCUUGUGGAGUGGGGGAGAGCAGAAGACCUUGCCAUCCUAUCAGCUUAUUAUUAUUAUUAUUACCCUGCCCAUCUGACUUGGUUUCCCCAGCAACAAUUUAGGCAAUUGUUGGGUUUCCAUGAUGCAGCUGAGCUUCAGGAGGAAGCUAGCAUUGCAAGUGGCUCAGAGAAGCCUGUAUUGGGGACUCAGGUGAAUUCUGUUAUACCUAGCAAACACAGUUUCUGCUGAUAGGGUGGUUCCUGCAAAUUUGGUGUAUUUUUCAUGCGUUGCGGUGCUUAAUUCGGCAGGGUUGUGCCUUCCCUGCUUCAGAUUUUAACGAAAUGUGUUUGUUCUUUUGGCAAAGAAAGAAGUGAUGGAGUAAAGUGGGAGAGAAAGGCAGGCCGCUGUCAGGCUUUCCCCUCGCAGUCUUGGGCUAGAAGCUAGGAGAGGAGGGAAAGUUGAAAGGGUUGCAAUUGAAGGUGCAGCUCUUUCCAGGGAAUCUGUGGCAAUGUACUGUAAUUAUUACAUCCAUCUUCACAAAAGAAGUUGCUCCCAUCUCACACCUGGAGGGAAGGGGCUUCACAUCUCUUGAGGUCUUGGAGUACCCAGUUUUCCUACAGAGGGAAGGGAGUGCAAUGGAAACCUUUGUAUUUCUGCUGCAGGGGUGACAUUUUGUAAACAAGCAGUAUCCCGGUUCCUCCUGGCUACCACCAGAGGGCAGUGUGAAUAGAUGCUUCAAUGGCCUUCUGUGCCACUGUUCAGAACCUGAGUGAUGCUCUUCCCCUUUUGAAGGGCCAUUCUUGGUGGAGCACAGGUGAAUAGUGGAUGUGAGCGUUGGUCUGGUCGGCAACUGAGAACCCAUCCUUAUAGGAGACUUUUCAGGAAAGCCCUGUUCCCUCAGCAAAUCCAUCCGAUUCCUUCUGUAUCUCUGAAGUGUCACCAUGAGAGUUAGGAAUUUGCUUUUCUGUUUUUUACCCUUUAAAAUAAAAUAAAAUAUACCUUCCUGAUCCUAUUGCUGCUAGAUGAAAAAGGAGACCGUAUAUAUUUGUCGAUGCCCUUUUCAGAAUCCUUCAAAGCCCCAGUGCUUAUUUGCUUAAAAGUUAGACUUCUAGCCAUCAUGACUGCAGCAGCUGAGGCUGAAAAUCUAACCGUGAGAAAGGCAGGAAGAUGUGAAAACCAAGAGGCAAAUUAUAGUGUGCCUGAAUGCUUUCCUUUUUUUCCCUCUCUUGUGACUUGAGCCCAUCUGUCAGGAUUUUUCGAAGGCUGACUCAGGCUUUUCACACUGAUGGUUAAUAGUAAGAAUAUCGUAGAACACGAGCAACUUGCCCGCCAAGUCUAAUUUGGCAUCUGCCAUGGAAAUGAUAUGCAGAUUGUUAAUUGCACAAACCUUAAAUAUUCAAGUUGUCUUUGGCUGUCUGUCUCAGGUAUAAAAAUAUAACUAUUUUAAUAUUUAUCUACAAACGGGGUAUCUGUUUAUACAUUUAUCUUUCACAUUUAUAUCCUGCCUUAUGGGCUUAGCCAGGAUCCUCAAGGCAGAUUAAUCUGGUGAGGAUGUCCCUGCAACCUAAAAAUAUAUAGUGAUUUUAUGAAAAUCUCACCUCUUUCUUCCCACUCCCCCAAACGAGAUGUAGAUCAUUUGAUAUUUGGGAAAUGGUCUUUUUGGAACACAUUUUAUAAUAUGUAGCUGGUAGGGAACAGUCCUAUGACACUAUCCUGUCUACAAAAACUGACUGACAGUACGAAAUCUUACGGAAUUUUCACAUGCCUUAUUAAUGCCUGGGUUUCUUUAAAAAAGAAAGAAAAAAGCUUAGCAGCUGUUGUUGGGCCACAGCUCCCACAAUCUCUGACCACUGCCCAUGCUAUAGUUAAUUGUUGUGGCUUUUUUCGCUUACCCCAUCCCACUCACAGUUGUGAAGAAUAUUCCAACGUUUGGAAUGGCCCAUGUCACCAUUAAGAAAAAGAGGUUGGAAUAGGCCAAUAGAUAUGUGGACUGUCCCGGGAUCAAGUGACUUUUCUUCUUUAAAUUCUUAAAGUAGCUCAGGUUAGUUUUCUGAACUAAAAGGUAAAGGGACCCCUGACCAUUAGGUCCAGUCGUGGCCGACUCUGGGGUUGCAGCGCUCAUCUCGCUUUAUUGGCCGAGGGAGCCGGCGUACAGCUUCCGGGGCAUGUGGCCAGCAUGACUAAGCCGCUUCUGGUGAACCAGAGCAAUGCACGGAAACACCGUUUACCUUCCCACAGGAGCGGUACCUAUUUAUCUACUUGGACUUGACGUGCUUUUGAACUGCUAGGUUGGCAGGAGUAGGGACCAAGCAACGGGAGCUCACCCCGUUGCAGGGAUUCGAACCGCUGACCUUCUGAUCAGCAAGUCCUAGGCUCUGUGAUUUAACCCACAGCGCCACUCGCAAGGUGUUUAACUGAGAAUCAAUCACAGUCAGUGCAUCAUUUGUAAAAUAAGACUUUAGAGCCACCUUGCCCCAAAAUGGCAACUGGACGUUCCAUUUUGGUGACUGUAACCUUGCUUUAAGGGGCCAUUUGGCACCUAGCUUAUACAUCUGAGUUUCUAAUACUGCUUUUGGUCACCAGUCGUGCCCCACUUGCUGAUGUCGCCCUUUGCUUGCUCAUGCAUUCGAAAUGAUUCCCUCCGUAGCACGUGGCUUGGCUUGCUCACUUGAGCCAGCUGCGGAGCUAAUCUCUCGGCAGCACAUCUGCUGUCUGUUUAUGGCACGCGGUAAUCUGAGUGGUGGAAGUUGAUGGGAGAGAGGCGGGAUUGGCAGGUGGGCGGGCUGGCUUUGCAGGAAAGGCUGCAUCUUUGCGGCCUCUUGGCUUCUCCCAGCAAUUCUGCGCCUUCAGAAGCACCAGCAGCUGCCUUGUGCUGAUUUAGAACCUUUUCCAUCCUGCUCAGUGUGGUCUCAGUUGACUGACAGUUGCUCUCCAGGGUUUCAGACAGGGAGCGUGCCAGCCCUACGUGGAGAUGGCGGGGAUUGAACCUGCGGCCGUCCGCGUGUAAGUCAGAUGCUCUGCCAGGGAGCUGCAGCCCUUCCCUUAAUGCCUGUGCUGUCAAAUGGCAUUUCAGAACCAAUUAGAUUAAAAUAAAAUCUCCGCAGAGUACCAAACGCAGAAAUAAGCCUGCAUCUGUGCAAGAGUUUUCAGUGUGGCAAGUGACAGCGCCAGCCUCAUCUCUACUGUGCUGAAUCUGGGAUACCUUCACCUUAAAAGCUGAUGAAAUUUCAGGCAACAGCUCUUUCACUGGGGGAGAAAAUGCCCCAACUAGUUAUGCAAGCCUGGCUAGCAAGUUAGACUCCCUGUUUUUCUCUCUUGCUUGGGGAUCUUGAUGUGCCUUCGUUCGUUGGCUUCUUCUUUGAACCUCUCCCAAAGGCUCUGCCACGCUGGGCACCCUGUGCCCCUGCGCCCUAAUCACAGCCAGCAAAUUAACAGAAUCCUGGCUUACCAUUUACAAAAGUCCCGACUGGGAAGGAGAGGGCUCUAAGCCUCCAUUAAUCCUACCUGAUGGUUUAUCUCUUUGAUCUGAUUGCUGCUGCGGUGGCUUUUAACAUGGUGGCUCCUUAAUCUGAUAUAGGGAGGGAGGCUGGAGUUUCCAAGCAGGUUGGGAUUAACUGGGUCUAAUCGCCUGAGCCUGUUAGAGGGCCCGUCUGCUGGAUGUGUGAUUAACAGUCGCGGGAUCCUUGCCGUGCUGGAACACACAGGGGGUGAAGGACAAAAUGGAAGGUGUGUCUGAGUUUGAGGUGGCAGGCAUCGAACCUGCAAAUCGUGCAGUCCACUUGGGGUUGAGUUUCCAGUGGCGAAGCCCCUGUUUUGUAUCAGGAUGGGUGGGGUUCUGCCUCCAGCAUCCUAAAUCUACAACACUUCUCAUUCUUUCUGGAAGUGCCAUUGUGGGGCACAGAGAUCAUUCUGCGCAGUACAUGUGAAAAGGAUCUAGGAGUCUUGGUUGACCACAAACUUGACAUGAGCCAACAGUGUGAUGCGGCAGCUAAAAAAGCCAAUGCAAUUCUGGGCUGCAUCAAUAGGAGUAUAGCAUCUAGAUCAAGGGAAGUAAUAGUGCCACUGUAUUCUGCUCUGGUCAGACCUCACCUGGAGUACUGUGUCCAGUUCUGGGCACCACAGUUCAAGAAGGACAUUGACAAACUGGAACGUGUCCCGAGGAGGGCAACCAAAAUGGUCAAAGGCCUGGAAACGAUGCCUUAUGAGGAACGGCUAAGAGAGCUGGGCAUGUUUAGCCUGGAGAAGAGGAGGUUAAGGGGUGAUAUGAUAGCCAUGUUCAAAUAUAUAAAAGGAUGUCACAUAGAGGAGGGAGAAAGGUUGUUUUCUGCUGCUCCAGAGAAGCGGACACGGAGCAAUGGAUCCAAACUACAAGAAAGAAGAUUCCACCUAAACAUUAGGAAGAACUUCCUGACAGUAAGAGCUGUUCGACAGUGGAAUUUGCUGCCAAGGAGUGUGGUGGAGUCUCCUUCUUUGGAGGUCUUUAAGCAGAGGCUUGACAACCAUAUGUCAGGAGUGCUCUGAUGGUGUUUCCUGCUUGGCAGGGGGUUGGACUCGAUGGCCCUUGUGGUCUCUUCCAACUCUAUGAUUCUAUGAUUCUAUGAUUCUAAGGGAGAGAUCAUAACUCCAUAGCAGAGCAUAUACUUUGCAUGCAGAAGGUCCCAGGUUUGGUGCCCUUCAGGUGAGGCUGGUCAGGGCUUCCCACCUGAAGCCUCAUAGAGCCACUGCCUGUCAGCGCAGACAGUUCUGAGCUAGAUAGACCCAUGAUAGACUUGGGAGAAGGCUGGUUCCUAGGUUUCUGCGGGUGUGGAGAUCAUUCUGUAACUUUUUUGUGGGAGGAUCUAGACCUGGAAUGUGGAGCCGGUGGCCUUUCAAAUGUUGUCAUACUACAGUUCCCACCAUCCCCCAUUGUCCGUGCUAGUGGGGCUGAUGGGUGCUGGCGUCCAGCGACACUUCGGGGGCACCAUGUUGUCUAGACUUCAGUAGCAUGGAGAACCUCAUGCACAAUGGUACAAAACCAAAUCCUAUCUUAGAUAGGCAUAGAAAUCCUGUGAAACAUGUCUGAUUCAUCUUUAUUUUAUUUAUAUUUAUUAAAAAAUUUUUAAUCCCUCCCUCCAAGGUGGACAUGUUCGUCUUUUCCCUUCAAUUUUGCCCUCCCAAUUUUGCCAUUUUACCGCUCUCCCUUCUGGCUCCCUUUGAGCAUUUUGGCCUGGCUGGAAUAUGCAACCCCCCCCCAGCCAAUGGAGGAUAGAGAUGGAGAUGUCUGAGUGUGUGCAGUAACUAGUAGGAAGUCUUGGAGCCAGAGUCUUCAUUGGAUGCCUGGCUUGUGUAAUGCAUGGUUACUCUACCUGCAGUCUAUUUAAUAUAUUGUAGACUGAGGGGAGAGGCAGGGAGGCUGGAUUUUAAAUCCCAGGGGCUGGGGACUGUGCAGGUGAGAGCCUAGUAGGGUAGCUUAUGUAGAUUGAGUGUUGAGAUCCUUGAGCCUUCCUCUGGGUGUAAGUGUAAAUGCCAGGCGUACAAAUGCCAAGCCCAAUGCAGAAGUAAUUAAAGCGCCUUUUGCAACCCGCUCAUUAAGUGCUGCUUCAUCUCUAAUUAAUCUAAUUGUGAUCCGCAGCACCCACACGGUCCUGCUUUUCUCUCUUUUUGCCCUCCGCAGCCACCUGUGGCUUUCCAGGUUCAGUAAGCUACCAAAGGGGAACAGUUUGCAGGCGGGGUGGGGUCUUCUUAGAAUUGCCUGUAUCUGGAGUUGGAAAAACCAAGUGUCUUGUUACUGGGCGCAGGGUUUGUUUUGUUUUGUUUUUUUGAAAGAGAAGCAUCAAGGCUCAAGGUUAGCCACAAGUUUUAAAGACAUCUGCUCUCUUUAUCAGGAGAGUAACAUUCUCCCUGUAACCAGCCCCAGUCACCAGUCUGCCCAGGCCAUUUUGGACCAGCUGGAGCUUCUAAACACUUACCACCGUCAGCCCCAAAGACAUGAGACACGCCAGGCACAGUCUGGGCCCAUGUUGACUGUCUUGGCAAAAGCUAAGGAUGAUUCCCUGUAAAGUUAAAAAAAAAAAAAAAAAGUUUUUGGGCUUGCAGGAGGUUGGGCUAAAUGACCCUUUGGAUUCCUACAGUUCUAUGAUUCUGUGACUUGAUGGGCCUUUGGUCUGACUGAUGGAUCCUUGACCAAGCCUUCAUAAUCCUAGAACACAUCCAGCACUCACCAAAGGGAGCUGCAGGGAAAGAGCAACCGCAGCAGACGGUCUCCGUCUUCCAGGAUAGUUGGUUCACCGUGGGUGAUCCUUUGUUUACAAUUGGCCAAUACGUGAAAUUCUUCAGCCUAACUAGUCCAAUCCCAUCUCUUUUGCAGGCUGCGGGAACAGUGCUCUGAGCUACAACCUCUUCCAGCUGGGCUAUACAGACAUCACCAGCAUUGACUACUCACCCAUAUGCAUUGCAAGCGUGCAAGACCGCUAUGCCCAUUGCCCAGGCCUGCACUGGGCAGUGAUGGACGCCCGGGCCUUGACCUUUGUGGAUGGGAGCUUUGAUGUGGUGUUGGAGAAGGGCACUCUGGAUUCCAUGAUGGUGGAAGAAACAGACCCAUGGAAUGUCUCCUCUGAGGCUAGGAUGCUUCUGGAUCAAGUGUUAACUGAGGUGAGCGGCAAGAAUUCCUGUUGGUACCUGGGCUGGAUGGCACCAUCUUCAGCCAUUUCCAUGUGUGGCUUCUUGAAUCUUGGCCUGUUACCAAACUUUAAGGACAUUAGACAAGCAUCACUACAUUUGUUUUUUUCUUGCUUGCUGUUCAGUGCUGCAGAAUCACACAUCUCUGAUGGGAAAAAUCUAUCCUGGCUUAUGAUUCUAGUCCUCAUGUUCAUGACUGCAAAGUAUCUGAUCUCUAUCUCUGUCCCAUAGUCUGGCCUUCCGUCAUGCUGCUAUCACACAGCUCCUUUCCGGGUGGGGGUGGGGGGCAUUCCACAAACCCCAAGAUCUGCAAAGGCUGAAAUAUUGGAUCCAGAGCAAGGAAGCAAACUGCCAAAGCCCAUUCAAAAUAUUUUAUUUAUUAAAUUUAUAUGCUGCCCUUCAUUCAAAGAUCACAGGGCAAUUUACAGUAGAAAAACACAAAAUGCAUAAUAUAAUAAACAAACAAGCAAUAUAUAUAAAAACUGAUCCUCGCAAAUGAAUCUGAAUGUGUGAUAUUGAGUUCACGAGAUACAAAAUGUAGAUUGCAAACACAGCUUAGGCAGCCCUAGAAAUCUUGUCUUCCCCCUCCAUUUUCCAACAUAUUCCCCCCUGACUACUUCUAGAAAAAGUGUGGAUUGGGCUCAUAUAUAUAACACAUUGAAUCACCCAAAAAACUUUUCCCUUUAAACGGGGUUGUUGGAGUGGGGGACCCUGUCUUGUCCUACGUUCUACCUGUGUUUCACGACUGAUCCUGACCACGACGCCCCUUCCAUGGCUUCCUAAAAUUGGCAGCAGUCCUCCUGCAAGAAGUUUUGUAAGGAAGACUAUGCGAAAUAUUGCAGAGAAAAUUUAUGAAUAGAAUUACUAGUUAAGGAUUAUUAAAAGUAAUAGUGAAAUUAAUGAAAUGCAGAUUAAGUGAUAAAGAGCGAAAAAUCUACAGAAGUAGCUGAUGGAAGUCCAAAACAUUGUGUAAGAUAAGAAUAUAUGUUAUAUGAUUUUUGGAAAAUAUAUGUAAAAUUUAAUUUUAAAAAUAUUUUUUUAAAAAAAAUUGACAGCAGUCCUCAGCCAAGUCAAGAUGGUAAAUGACAGUCAGAUAAAGGGCAGCAUGCCUCUCCCCCCCCCAAAAAAAAUCUCCCUCCCAUUAUGGUGUUUGAUAAUCAGCCUGUAGCUCCUUGUUCCCCUAGGGGUUUGAUACCAUUCUGCAAUGGGGGGGGGGGGGACAGUUGUGAAGAUGCACCCAAAGCAUUUGCUGCCAGAGGGAGGGGGGAAGGGGUUGGGCGGGGAAGGAUAGGAUUCAUUGGCGGGGGGGGGGGGGACGAACAAUUUCCCAAGCAAGCUUAUUUUGGGGAUGAUAACAAGAAAGCAGAGUCAACAGCACCCUGCGCCAACAAAGGGGGGGGCGUUAUAGUUUGUUUUCGUUCUUGCUUUUAUCUUGUAUUUUGUGGGGGUUUUUUAAUUUUUAUGUUGCAGAUGAAGGCCGGCAUACAAGUUUAAUAAAUAAAAACAAACAGCACUUGUUGGGGCUCUGAUGGCGGAAGAGUGUGGCUUCUCCUCACCCCCAUCAGUUUUUCUUCCGCCGCACCCCCCCCCCACUCCCAACCUUUUAGUAUCUUGCACAUUAAUGUAUUGGGGGGGGGAUCUCUUCCCUCUUUCUCCACCACAAAAAGAGAGAGAAGGCCCAGCUUGAAUCUCCCCGGUUGCCAUGGCAAUGCCGCUCUGUCAUCAAUGGCUGCUUGCAGAUGGCAGGGUUUGAGUCGGGAGGAGAGAACUUCUUUUUCAUGUUUUUCUGGCUAAAGGGGUAGCCCCAGGGAAGUGUCCUGUUUGCAGCAUUUCCGUGGGACUUGCAUUUUGGGGGGCGGGUUGGUAGCGGCAGCACGGGGAUGUGGGGGAACAGCUCACAGCAGGCUGAGCAUCUUCACCCCUGGGGAGAGGGUGCACUGUUGUUGCCAAUAGGCCUCUGGCGUCUUGGGCUAAGAAAGUGGGGGGGGGACAGAAUGUGUUGAUAUCCAGUGCCCCCCAACCCCAUUUUGCCUGUCUUCCCCUCUUAUUUGCUUCAAGGAUCUCUCUUUUCUCCUUAAAUCCCCCCACCCCCCAAAAAAAUGGUCAGCUGGUUCUCCCUGUUUCCAUGGAAACCCUCAUCCCUAUUGACUAGGCCAUGCCAUUGCAAUAGGGACAGGCAAUGCCUCCAGGCUGUUAUUAAUUGGUCUGAUGUGUCCAUAGCAGCGGGAACCAUAUUGAAUUUGGCUGUGUGUGUUUUAUUUUUAUUUUUUUGCGGGGGGGGCGUUAGGAAAGUACAGGAUUGGAAAUCGUGGAUGCUUCUACGCUUAUUCUCGCUCUCUCCUCCAAUCUCAAGUCUUUCCCUACAGUCUUCUCCUCCUGCAUUUCUCCCUCCUGGCUCUGUAUUUUCAGGGCUCUUUUUGCAUGCAUGUGGGGUGUAAAGUGGUGAAAGAUCUUUGCUGAGUUUCCACCAAAGGAGAUGGAGGGGGGGGGAAUGUCUUCACUUGCUUGGGACGAAUGCCCACGGGUGGCUAGUGGGUGGUAUCUAGCCUAGCUCCACUCACGAGUAGACCCACUGGAAUGAAUACGCAGGGAUGCAGGAAGCUGCUGUCUGCUGAGGCAGGCUGCUGAUCCAACCAGCUCUGUAUCUCCAACACUGACUUCCAGCAGCUCUCGAGAGAUUCAGACAGGGAGCCAUUCUCAGAUAUACCUGUGGAGGCUUUGUAUCCUUCUGUAUGUCAAGGCAAGUGCUCUACCACUGAGCCAUUAAUUUCAGUGGACCUACUCUGAGUAGGGUUAAUGUUGGAUAACCCCCACAGUAGCUCUAGAGCAGCUGGAGUCGCUUUGCCUCCCGUUCUGCCUCUGCCUCUCAUUUUUCCCCGUCUGAUUUCCCACCCAACCAAUCUCCUGCUUGAGUGCUUUCACUGGGUGAUUCCAUGGGUCAGUCCCUCUCCUCUCUGCUGCUGCCCUUGAGGGAUCCUGCCAUGUAGGUCCCUUGUGUCUCUCUGGCAGAGGCAGGCGAGGGGAUCAAUCCUCCCCUGCCUGCACCCCCCCUCCCCACAGAGAGGCUUCCUGCCCCACAAACUCCCCAGCCCUCCUGAGGAACCGGGAGACUCUCUGGCCGGCAUCCUCAGAUGACCUUUGCUGUUGAGCAGAGAGGCAACAUCUGUGCAAGGUCUCCUGGCGAGGGGCUGGGUGCUUUGGAGUGAUCUCCCAUUUCCCUUGGACCUAGCAAGCCAGGCUGUAGCGACAGAGCCGUUUAAAGUGACUCCAGAAUCUCCACUUCAUUUCAGCCAUUUCCAGAGAAAAAUGUUUGGGGGGGGGGUUGGAGAGAGAGAGAGGAGGCAGACGGAUGAUUGACUCAUUUUGUUAAAUCUGGCACAUCAGAGUAAAAGGGUUUUCUCUGUGCUGUCUUUACAAAGGUGAGCUGUCAAAGGUGUGAUAAAGUUCUAGUCAAGAAUUCUAUCGCCUCAUAUAUUUAUUUAAAGUUUGGUGCUUAAAAAAAACAACCCAACACAAUCCCACGCUAUAGCCAACUUCCAGAGUAGUUUCCAGAUCGAUAAAAAUGAGAACGUCUCUCCCCUCAGGCUUUCGAUCUUAACAGGGCACAGGACCAAAGGAAAAUGCGCAGGGAGGGAGGAGGAAAUAAGCAAGCUCAGGUUCAAGGUCUUGAUUGCUAGUUGUUCUGAUGGAAAGAAAAGUUCAAGGAGAGGAUGCUCCAAAGGCUGCCAGUCUUUUGGCUGUUGCUAGUGGAGUGGCCUUGUAUCCUACCUGUUCCCUCUUCUUCUGCAGCCGGGCUUCUGGCAGGUGACAAAGAGCCUCCCUCCUGCUGCAUGUUAUUGUGCUGAACGUGGAAAAGGUUCGCUACACAAGUGGCAGUCUUUGACAUCAGAAAGAGGGGUUUUGUGUCACCAUCACACCUUGCUGCAUGUGGGAAGCCUUGUUAUGUUGAGAAGCAGUAAAACACGCACACACAAUGGUAACCCCCCCCCCACCUGCAGUAUGAAGUGGCAUGAUCCAAAAGUUUAGCAUCUUCUACUCUAGUGCACAAAGGAGGUUGCAAACUUGUGCCUGGACUGUACCAUUUCAGGCUGAAGGUGGGGAUUCACAUGAUUGAAUGCCCCUCCACACAACAAACCAGUGUGAUGUGUAGGAAGUCAGGCUACAGCACCCUUUGCCCUUUCAUGCUAGUCUUCAGGGAAUGUUUUUGUGAGCUUUCACCUGCUACGUUCUGAAUUGGUUUAUUCCAAGUAUAGGUUUACCAUCUGAAUUGAGAACUAGGCAAGGCAGGGGGCACCAGCCUUUUUGGGAAGGGGGCAAGUAGGGCAUAUUUGUAAUUUUGAGAAAGUGCCCUGGCUACCACUCACAAAAUGGCUGCCGUGGGGGCAUGGCACAAUGGCUGCCAUGUCUUUAUGAGCAGAAAAAAGAGUCAGGGCCAUAAAAGGGUGUGGACAUGUUAGCUUAUCCGCUACCCCGUCCAUGGGGCGCUGCACUCCAUCACAGAGAAAAGCUCUUUGCGCCUCUCCUCUACUCAGAAUGGAAGGGAGGCUGCAUGUCCUCUCCUAGAACAAUAGAAUCAUAGAAUCAUAGAGUUGGAAGAGACCACAAGGGCCAUCGAGUCCAACCCCCUGCCAAGCAGGAAACACCAUCAGAGCACUCCUGACAUAUGGUUGUCAAGCCUCUGCUUAAAGACCUCCAAAGAAGGAGACUCCACCACACUCCUUGGCAGCAAAUUCCACUGUCGAACAGCUCUUACUGUCAGGAAGUUCUUCCUAAUGUUUAGGAGGAAUCUUCUUUCUUGUAGUUUGGAUCCAUUGCUCCGUGUCCGCUUCUCUGGAGCAGCAGAAAACAACCUUUCUCCCUCCUCUAGGUGACAUCCUUUUAUAUAUUUGAACAUGGCUAUCAUAUCACCCCUUAACUUCCUCUUCUGCAGGCUAAACAUGCCCAGCUCCCUUAGCCGUUCCUCAUAAGGCAUCGUUUCCAGGCCUUUGACCAUUUUGGUUGCCCUCCUCUGGACACGUUCCAGUUUGUCAGUGUCCUUCUUGAACUGUGGUGCCCAGAACUGGACACAGUACUCCAGGUGAGGUCUGACCAGAGCAGAAUACAGUGGCACUAUUACUUCCCUUGAUCUAGAUGCUAUACUCCUAUUGAUGAGGCCCAGAAUUGCAUUGGCUUUUUUAGCUGCCGCGUCACACUGUUGGCUCAUAUCAAGUUUGUGGUCAACCAAGACUCCUAGAUCCUUUUCACAUGUACUGCUCUCAAGCCAGGUGUCACCCAUCUUGUAUUUGUGCCUCUCAUUUUUUUGCCCAAGUGCAAUACUUUACAUUUCUCCCUGUUAAAAUUCAUCUUGUUUGUUUUUGCCCAGUUCUCUAAUCUGUCAAGGUCAUUUUGAAGUGUGAUCCUGUCCUCUGGGGUGUUAGCCACCCCUCCCAGUUUGGUGUCAUCUGCAAAUUUGAUCAGGAAGCCUCCUUCCUCCUGGAAGCCUGUGAGAUGUGGACAUGCUCAAGCUGGUGUGUUCGAUGGAGGAGAGACUGUGCUUGCGCAAACAGGAACUGAAGAGGACGAGCAAACAAUGCGCUGUUGAUUCAGGCGCCAUCGAAGCUCCUCGUGAGCGCUAGUGGUGCACACUGCUUGUAAGGGUUAGAUAGCCAGCCUCAGAGCUAAACGGAUUCGUGGUGUAUGGAUCUUGGCUCCUUCGCCCAAUGCAUUGCAGCUCCAAAGUGUUGCAGAGAUAGGGUCCAAAGUCUGGAUCUGCAGUCCUAGAAACAAUACUUCCCUGCUUCUCUCCCCUCUUCAGUUUAACAGCCCCCCAGAGACUCUGCAAUAGCUGCCAGUUGGCCAAAGUCCAUGCAGCUGUCUCUAAGCAACAGCAUUUCCUGUUCUGAUAACUGCAGGCUGCCCUGGCAAAGGGGAAAGCUUACUGGAUCUCAUUCAGCGAAUAUGAUGGGCCCACUUGGAAUCUUUUCCUCUCUCCCUCUCUCUGUGCCUCACUUGUGUUAGAAACUUGGUUCAGGAGCUGGAGCAGAACAUCUCUCUUCCCUCUCCCUCCUUCCAUUCAGGUGGACUUGGGUGCAUCUUCUGCACAUAGACACAUAGACACACACACCUCAUCCGCACUGCUUGCUAUCCCUUGACACCAGUUUACAUUGGAAGAACACAGCCCUUAAUUCCAGUCUAAUCCCAGUUCCUAUAUGGGACCAACGAGGUGAAUUAGAAUUCCCUUCUCUGAGAGCCAGUGGUUGUGUAAACUGGAGGUGGCCUGCUAGGAAAUCCACAGGGCAAUUUUUUUAGGGUAGACUUGACCUGCAAUAUUGAAAUCCAGGUCUAGAUAAAUAAGAACAUAACACCCAUCUAGUCUAGCAUCCUGUUCUCACAGGGUCCCUGUGGGAAACCCAUAAUUGGGAUGGUGCACAAGAGCACUCUCCCAUUCUUCAACUGUUACGCAGAAGAAUUAUUGCGUCUGACUGGAUUUGUCUAAUUCUCCUUUAAAGCCCUCUAGGGUGGGGCCAUCAUGGGCUCCUGUGGGAGCGAGUUCCAUACUUUAAGUAUACGCUGCCAGUUGAGCCUUCCUGCCACAGGUGCUGCCACCGAAAAGGCCCUGCCUCCUCCUUUGGCACAGAAGGUCCACCAAGGAAGAUCUUGAGACAAGGACAGGGACGGGGGACCUGAGCUUCUCCAGGUGUUGUUGGACUCCAGUUCCCAUCAGCCCUAGCCAGCAAGGCCCAGUGGUGGGGGGAAUGAGUCUGGCAACAUCUGGAAGACCCCAGGUUGUCCUUCCCUCUCCUGGAGGUGUGCUGGUGCCAAACCAUUUAGGCACGGCGGCAUGCCAUGUUGAAGGAAGCCCCACAUUGUGUAACAAUAAUUCGCCUUCUGUUACUUACAUGUGGAUUCUCAACAGACCUCCUGCGUUUAGGCUUUUGGGGGCUAGCCUGGACUUCCCCAACAUCGGACCCUGCAACUAUUUUGCACUUCAGUCCCUUUCGGCCUCAGGCAGCCUAGCCAGCAGUUAUAUCUAUGACUCUCGGAUAAAGAAGCAAUGUAGAGCCUGGCUCUUUCCCAGAUCUGCCUAGUAAUUAAGCAAAUCGCAGGAUUAAACCAAAGCAGGCUUCUCCGGGCUAGAAAGUGAGAGUGAAGGGACUUUGUUGGACCAUUUCAAGCACUGCCCAAGGCAGCCUGAGUUUCCAAAGCUUUUUGACAAACUUCUUCCCAGUCGUGAAAACUUGGCGCACGCUCCUCCUGCGCCAAGAGGCCGAUUUCUUCACCAUGAGGACCACGAAGGCAUUCAGCUGUGUGCAAUGCCUGGGUGUCUUCUUCGGUCAAGGUGACUUGAAUCCUGCAACCUGUCUAAAUUAUGCAGCAUUGCACAUUUAUUCCUGAGGUUGCAGGAUGUAUAUUUCUUGUGGUGUUCUCAUAGAGGGGAGGGUGGGGAGUGAUGAGGACCUCCAGCCCUCGUCCCCUUGAGCAUUGGGGACACUGCUCAGCACCCUCUUCUGUGAUUUUGCCAGAUACUGCUCAUAGUGCUUUAAAGCAGUGGUUCUCAAACACUCUUUCCUCUGGGACACACUUUCAGAAUAGAAAUAUCAUUGCGCCACACCAAAUUCUUUUAUUGAUAAGAAAUACAACACAACCAGGAUUGUCCUAAGUAUCUCUUGAUGCUCUUGCCCUUGUUUUGAAAAGAUACCUAUCCACAUUCUGCAAAUAAAAAUAUACUAUUUUGGUGCUAUACUACAAUGCACUGAAAUGUUGAAAUGUUUUUUGGAUGGCCCUUGAAUCGUCCAAAUGAAGAAGAUAUAAAAUGCUGAUAAACAGCACUCUGGAAGACGGGACAGCACACAGGGAAACAGAUGACCCUCAAAGCAUGCUUGUGGCUGAGUGCAAUUCUUCCUGGCCACACGAGCAAAAGUAUAUCCCACUUGGGGACCGGGAAACGUCAAAACACAAGGACUUCCGAGUUCCUUUUUUGCUUAAUCCAACCCUCGAAAUCCAGCAUGGAUUUAUGUGCUGCAGCGGUUUCGGACGCCUGCCUGUCCCCCCUUCUGCAACGGCGAGCUCCUUCUUCUCCCCAUAAUCCUCUUCCCCCCCCCCCCCCGAGCUGCAGAAAAAACACCCUCCUGUCUCUCCCUCUUUCUGUGUCUUUCUUACAAUCCCCUUUGCUCCAUUCUAAGAGGACUCUUGCAGCCUCCUGCUACAGGCUGUUCCGGUUAACUGGUGAGUCAUGAGAGAUGAAGGGCAUUCAAUCCCCACCUGUCAUGGGGAGGAGGGGGUCCGGGCAGCAGAGGGCGGGGGUGUUUCCUGGGCUCCGCUGGGUGCGCACCACCGGCAAGAGCUGCGCAGCACAGUGCAGGGCGGGGAGGGGGGAGAGGGGGAGGAAGCAGCCGGGCAGGCAAAGUGCUGGCGGCCGAGCGCCAACAGCAGAGUUUAGCAUGCCGAUCACGCCGUCGCUGGCCGUAAAUGCCUUUGACUUUGGAUAAAGCCAAGCAAGAAAAUUGAUGUUCUUUUCCAUCCUAUUAGCAGGAGCUUAGUUCCAACGAGGAGAAAAUGAUGAUUAAAAGGGUCAAGUCCACUCGGCUUCAAACAAGACGUACCUUGGACACAGUGUCUCUUUAAAAUCUUGGCUCAGGAAUGUUCUGGGGAGACGGUGGGGAGCAGGAAGAGGAGGAGGAGAGUGGAUGCUCAUGAAGCAAGGAUGGAAGCAGGGUGCCUUGUUCUCGGCUCCACGCCACUGGUUUAAAUGCCCCCCAAAGGCAAGACAUUAUGUUGCCGUUAUUACUACAUACUACCUGUGCAGUAGGACCAGAGCUCAGGAGCAGAGCAUCUGUGUUGCAUCUAGAAGGCCACAGGUUAAAUCCCCAGCGACUUUCCCAAGUGGCCGUUGCCAGCCAGGUAGGCCAUCGGCGGCUCUUCUCCAAGGCUGGUGCUUGUAGGAGCUGUGGCCCAAAUGGGGAGGGUUCUCUGACCAAGAGAAGUAAUAACUGCCUUGCUGCAUCAGCACAAGCCCCCCUCCCCCCCCAGCAGUCUGUUAGAUAGAGAUGGGCAUUUAUAAGAAAUCACAAAGGCAAUGACCUUUCCCUGUGUUUCCCCACAUUUGAGUAGCGGGGAAGAUUGGUGGUGUUGGUAUUCAGGGGCCCUUGCUGCACACGGUCACUGACGUUCAAGCCAAAGGCAGAUGCUUCCAUGAUUUAUGCAUGUUUAAGACUUUCUGUCAUGAGGUCUAGAAACUUGCAAGCUGCAUGCCAGAACAGAAUGGUGAGUGGGAGAUAGGUGUGCCAAGUGACACAGUUCUGCUCUGUGGUGUGAGGCAAGGGCAGAGGAGGAAAGGAGAUCCCAGCAGCUUGCAAUGAGUCCUCUGAAAUGUUGUCCCUCUUUUCCUCCCAGGUGAGCAGAGUCUUACGCCCUGGUGGCCGGUUCAUCUCCAUCACCUUUGCUCAGCCGCACUUCCGUAAGCGCCACUACGCCCAGCCGGCCUACGGAUGGUCCGUCCGCCACACCACAUACGGGAGCGGAUUCCACUACUUCAUCUACGUCAUGCGGAAGGGCGAGGAGCUGUCCCCUUCCGACUUAGCACUGGGGCAGAGCCUGCACCUGCCUCCCCAGACUCCGCCCCCUGUACACUACCUCCAGGACCCAGACAGUGAGAAUUUUCUCUCUGCCAUUGACCUGUGAGCGGCUGGCAAGGAAUGGGGUGGGGUGGUGAGAGGGGGCACAUAAAACUGCUCUCGUGACCCCGUGCCAAUCUGCCUGCUGCUGCUGCUGAACUGCCAGAGUCAACAUUUUCUCCCAAGUCAUUUUGGGCAAUUUCCUGCAUACAGUAUUCAUUUUUUGAAUUAAGAAAGAAAGAAGGAAGAAAGCUGCAGUUGGCAACGGGAGCCAAUUCCCCAUGGAACUGGAUGGGAACGUUUUCUGCAGCCAAAUCUCUUGUAAGAAAGGAACAUUUCCCUCCCCCUUUCUGCAUCUUCUCUUGUGCCUGCACUUUGGAGCUGCGAACCCCGUCCCUGGAAAGGGGCGAGGUGUUGGAAACUCUGUUGUUGUUUUUAAAUCUCACUGCUGUGCCUUGAAAUCCCGCGAUCCCCAGGUUCUGCUGGGGUGGUGCUAUACAGAGCGGGCUCCUUCGCCAGGCCUCUCUAUGGAGAGGAAGAUCUAGAGUCUGUGGCCGCCCUCUCUGCCAUCUUGAAAUGUGGCUUUAUUCCGCUCAGCUGGAUUUUUAAAGGCAAGUGACUGCCAGUGCUGCCUUCACAUCUGGCCCUGCCUGUGACAAGUGGCAGAACAGAAGGCCCAGGACAAUUCUCUUCUGAGGCUCUCUCACACUCUUCAGGGUCCUCUACAGCAUUCCACUAAAAUAUCCCAGAUUCUGCAACUUGGAACCACAGUUCUGCAAUCUGAAUUCAUUGGGCAGAUUAACCAUGAGCAUAAGAGUGGAAUUCCGCAUGCUUUGUCUGUUUUGCUUUGGAUAAUUUUUUAUGCCAAAUCGAACGGUGGAAGCUGUGUCACUUGCUGGGAAAGGGGAAUCAGAUUUAACUAGAAGCAAAGGAGGAGCAGGGUUCCUCUUUCCGUUGUCAUUGUAUGCAGAAAUUGUGCGCAUAAUUGUGGCUUUGUUUAGCAGGAGUGAAAAGUUGUGCCUCUCUUCUGCACAGGCAGAGCCAUCCCCUUUGCAUCUGGUCCUGGAUAGCCUUGCAAAACAUGUCUGUCCCAUGGAAUUAGGGUGAAGGUCCAUUGGAUAUUAACAAAAGCUGUUGUUGAUUUGAAAUGCGUAGAGAAACAAACUUCAUUUAAGCAUUUAGAAACCAGACUAAUGUGCCAUUUCAGUUUUUAGUCCUACAAAGAUCAUGAUGACUAGAACCCUCACUGCCCUGUUUUUAAUGCUAGUGCAUUUUUAGUAACUGCACACAGUGUGUGGGCUAUACAUACUGGGGAAAGAGGAUCAGGUGCAAGGUCAUCAUUCAUAUGAAUAGCAUUUCCUGGUUAGGACUAGUAAAGAAAGUGAUACUUAAAUUAUAGAUAGGGUUCAGUGUGUAUGCCACAACUCUUAAGGAGACUAGAUAAUGCAUGUAAUGUAAAAUUGAGAGUUUUGUGUGUGUGUUUAAACACGCACAUUUCUAGUUCUUAACAGCUGCAGAAAUGUGCUUGAAAACCUGUCAUCUCCUGUCUCGGAAGCUUGAGUUAGCAUUUCCCAUUUCUGGGUGAAGAGGUUCUGCGUACCCAGCGCAGACCUUUAUUCCACGUCCAAGAUCCCAUCUCGUCUUGCAUCCCGUUUCCUUAAGUUGCAGGCCAGAUGCUUCCAGCCCCACCCAAGUUGUUACUCCCUGCACAAGUGAGAUGGGAUGGUGGCUACAAACCACAAUGGCCCAGCCCUGCCUCUCUGGCUGGAAGCCGUGUGCUUCUGGAAACCACCAGAGGAGAGAGUUGUUGUUGAGCUCAGGUCCUGCUUGCAUCUGGUUGACCACUGUGAGAACAGGAUGCUGGACUAGAUGCGUCCUUUGGCCUGGUCCAUCAAGCUCCUCUCAACGUUCUUGCUGCCUCUGAGGUUUUGUUCGGCUCUCAUGCUCGAUAGCUGUUGCUCUCCUCCACAAUAGAACCUUCCCAGGACUAGUAAACUCAAUAAUGUUGUUUGAAAUAAGAGUUUCAUGGGGUUUUUUAAUACAGGCUGUUCUUGAUGCACAAUUUGGAGGGUUAAAUUGAUGCAGAACUUAAUAUUUAUUUAUAUUUGCACAGAGCAAACAUGCAUACCGUUAAGUGAAAUCAGCAGGCAGGAUAAAAUCAGGACCUGGAACACACUGGGAUCUUUGUUUCACAACAGGCAAACCGUGGGUCCCGGGCAGAAUAAAACAGCCCCACCCCACCCCUAGUUUGAAGAGGGGAGGCCAACUCAGGGGAAGGAAAAAGCCCAGUUCACCCUCAGAAAAAACUCUGGACCAAACUUGCCGGGAGCUCUUCCUUUGGCAGGUCACUAACAGGCCUUGCCCAGGGUUACUGAGUCAUUCACAUAGGAAGAUGACAGUGUUUAGUAGUGGUUAGAGUACCAGACUAGAACCUUGGAGACCAGAGUUCAAAUCCCUGCCUGGCCACAAAGCUCACUGGGUGACCUCAGGCCAUUCACUGCCUCUCAGCCUAACCUACCUCACAAAGGUAUAUGUGCAAUGAAGUAAUUAAUUUAAUUUAAUUAAACUGACGUCCACUUUGCAACAGUACUUCAGGUUUCCGGAGAAGGGAACAUUUCCAACCCUACCUGGAAAUGCUAUUGAGGAUUGAACAUUUGGCAAGCAGGGCAGGUGCCCUGCCAACAAGGCUCAGUCAGUAGAGUGCGAGACUUUUAACCUCAGGGUCGUGGGUUCGAGCCCCACGCUGGGCAAAAGAUUCCUGCAUUGCAGGGGGUUGGGCUAGAUGACUCUCGUGGUUCCUUCCAACUCUACAAUCCUGUGAGUCCCCGAGCGACACCUGAGUGAUCCCUGACAGAUGGCAGCUUGCCUCUGCCCCGUGGCCUCGAUACAGCUCUGCAAAGGUCCCUGCCAGGCCGUGCAGAAUUUCACGGCUGCCCGGCAGUGAGCAAAGGGUGUUUGUGUUAAAGGGCGUUGUGUUCAGUGGCUUCCGGGCAGAGCCCCUGCCUCAUUACCUCUGCUGCCACCCCCUCCGUUGGUUAAUGUUGGAGGAAGUCCAGCUGCCUGCUCUUUGUGGAUGUUAAUGAAACUGCCAGGGAACCUGUGAAUCAUUUUAAUGCUCCCCAUCCGUCUUGCAUGAGGAAGAGAAGGGAAGGGACCACUGUACUGCCUCUUCUCUCUCUCUCUCUCUCUCUCUCUCUCUCUCUCUCCUGCCGAUGCAGAUCUCACAGGAGCUGGGGGCGAGGGGGGGAGAGAGAAGUGCGCAGAGAUGGAGGCUUUCUGUUUCAUCUUCUGCCAUAAGCAAAUUGCUUUAAUCCUGUUUUUCUCCCUUGAAUAAUUGGGAAGCCCAGUCCUCGUGGGGGAGGGGGCACAGCACUGGGUGCCUAGUUUUCAUCUCAGUAGUUCCUCUUCCUCUGCACAAUGAUGUUCACUUAGAAACCAGCAUUUGCCUCUUCUCUUCUCCCCACCAGCAUUUGAUGUUUCCAGACUGAGCAUCCUGGAAUUUGUGGAUGUGACUUAAUGGGCUGCUACAUCUCCCUCCCCCCUUCCCUGCUACCCUUUCUCUCUCCCCCCCCCCCCUCACCUACCUACAGCCACAAAACGUGCAGAUAUCUUUUCCAGAGUUCACAGGCUCUCGCUUUAACAGAAAUAGUUCGGUGCAGCAGCGAUAUUCACAAUGGCAUCUGUGCACUUUUUUGCAAGCAAGUGAAUGCAAUUGGUGGAGAGAGAGGCCAUCCCUUGCCUGCUUUCCACAUCUCUCUUUUUACCAUGAAUUGAUUUGGCAUCUGCCUUUAACUGCAAAUUAGAAGUGUGGGUAAUUAUUUUUUAAUAAAAAAAAAGUGAUUUAAUCAGAGUCUUCUCUCCCUCUGAAGGGGUGUCCAGGGCUGUUUAUAAUAAUCUCUGCACAUCUCCCCCCCCCUCUUUCAUAAUGUAAAUGUUACAGUUAUAUAAAUGACACAAAGUGCCCCUCAAAGCAGGAUGCUCAAAACCCAAACUGUUGUGCACUUUUAAAUUUGCAAAAUAAGCUACAAGUAUGUGUUCUGUGUACAUCUCUCAGAUCGGGAGAAUGUAUUCUGAAAUCAUGUCUCGGUACAGUUAAAUGUCUUACAAGCAUUAAAAGGCACUUUGUGUUUUGAUGACAUUUAUUGGGGGUUGGGGUUUUUUAACCCAAAAUCCUCCUCUUUCCAAUGUUUGUUAGUUCUUGGGUUUUUAACCAGCUAUUAUAAGUAUGAGGCAAUUCAGAUAUGAGAGAAUGGAAUUCAUACCCCAAACCUGCCAAGGGUGAAUUGUUUGUGACCUUGGCCUGGUCACCAUCCCUCAGCCUUGCUUCCCAAUUUGUAAAAUGGGUAAAAAAAACCAACCAUGAAGACACUUUGAAGUUUAGAAGUGUUGUGUAACAGAUGAAGGCUUUCCAGGAAACUUCAUGUAGGCCUGCUUGGACAUUAGUAUCGAUGCUCAACUCUCAUUUGCUUGGAUAAAAAUAUAAUGUGUAGUUACUUUGCUGUAAAAUCUCAUUCAUUCUGAC